UAAGCUCAUAUCUUUUCUUUUCAUAAAAUGGAAACAGGAAAAGCGCAGUUAUCAGUCAUCAAGGCAUGGAAAGAACAGAAAAUAACAAAGGUCAUUAACAAGACACAGAAGAACCUCAUUGAGAUAUCAGGAUGGGAGAAUAAGAAAACAACAAAGAUCGAAUCUGAACUCGCUGGUCUCCAGAGGAAGAUGGAUAAUAAGAAAAUGGAGAAAGCAGAGAAACUAAGGAGCAAGAAAGCAGCAGUUCAUGCAAAAGCACAAGAGAAAAAAGCAAAGGUUCAAACAAAACAAGCUCAAGAGAUUCUUCAUGCGGAAGAAGAAGCUGCAAGGUUUCAAGCCACUGGACAGACUCCCAACAAGUCAUCUUUCAGCUGCUUCUGA